CAAGUUUCCCCAAAGACGAGCCUGGAUCACUUACAGAGACGAUGCCUUCCUCUUUUAGAAGAGACUCGCCAGAUACUUUGUGGAUUUGCUGAUUUUAUACAUUGUUUCUAUCGCAAGUUAUUCACCGGGAGUGGGCAGAGAUUCUGAGCCAGAGGAUGCUCCCACAGGUCAUUUGGAUUCUGUAUGUCUUGUCUUUCUGCUUUUUCCAAGGAAGCUUUAUCAGACUGAGCUCCUGUAAAGAGGAGGUGAAGCCCCCCAGCAGGGCCGGACCACAGCUGUCACCUUCUGACUUCCUGGACAAGCUCAUGGGAAGAACGUCAGGCUAUGAUGCCCGCAUUAGACCCAACUUCAAAGGUCCUCCUGUGAAUGUCACCUGCAAUAUUUUCAUCAAUAGCUUUGGGUCGAUCACAGAAACAACUAUGGACUACAGGCUUAAUGUAUUUCUACGACAAAAAUGGAACGAUCCUCGCCUGGCAUACAGUGAAUACCCAGAUGAUUCCCUAGAUCUGGAUCCUUCCAUGCUGGACUCUAUCUGGAAACCUGAUUUAUUCUUCGCAAACGAGAAAGGAGCCAAUUUCCACGAGGUCACCACUGAUAACAAGCUGCUAAGGAUUUUCCAAGACGGCAGCGUUCUUUACAGCAUCAGGCUGACACUAACCCUGUCCUGCCCUAUGGACUUGAAGAAUUUCCCAAUGGACAUUCAGACCUGUACUAUGCAGCUUGAAAGCUUUGGCUACACCAUGAAUGACUUGAUCUUUGAAUGGCUGUCUGACAACCCGGUUCAAGUGGCUGAUGAUCUGACCCUCCCCCAGUUUGUGUUGAAAGAAGAAAAGGAUUUGGGCUACUGCACUAAGCACUACAACACAGGCAAAUUCACCUGCAUCGAGGUGAAGUUCCACCUGGAACGGCAGAUGGGUUACUACUUGAUUCAAAUGUACAUCCCUUCCCUUCUGAUCGUCAUCCUCUCAUGGGUGUCGUUCUGGAUAAACAUGGAUGCUGCACCAGCCAGGGUUGGUCUGGGUAUCACCACCGUCCUGACCAUGACCACACAGAGCUCGGGGUCCAGAGCCUCGCUGCCCAAGGUGUCCUAUGUGAAGGCCAUUGAUAUUUGGAUGGCAGUGUGUCUUCUGUUUGUGUUCGCUGCCCUGCUGGAGUAUGCAGCUGUUAACUUCGUCUCAAGGCAACACAAGGAGUUCAUCAGGCUGAGGAAAAAGCAGCGGCAGCAGAGAAUAGAGGAAGAGCUGAUGAGGGAAAGCCGUGGCUUUUAUUUCCGAGGUUAUGGCCUCGGCCACUGCCUGCAGACCAAAGACGGCACAGCUGUGGAACCGGCAACAGUGUUCUCCCCACCGCCUCCCAUCGCCGUGUACGACGGAGAAGUUCUUCACAAGCGCUUUGUGGACCGGGCCAAACGUAUCGACACCAUAUCACGAGCCGUCUUUCCGCUGAGCUUUCUCAUAUUCAACAUCUUCUACUGGAUCACCUACAAAGUACUGCGACAUGAGGAUAUCCAUGCAAACUUGUAA